AUCGACAUUCCUUGGGGUCCUGCGUUUUACUAGCCACCCAAAAGGAAUUAAACCCGAGUAGGCAAACGAACAAAGGGUGACGGAGUGUUGCAACUACUUGCCUGCCCAACAAAGUAGUCGCUGGUCUGUUGUUUUCUUCUGCGACUGAAACGGCACACACAUUCCCGGUGAAAGGAGAUGGUGUUCGCACGGCAGAUCCAAGGCGCAGGAUGGCUGUUGAUGGUGGCCACGGUUUGCCAUGUCGGCAUCCUGGUACUCACGGAACUACCGCGUCCGCGAGGUGUUUCGAUUGCGCUAGCGAACCUCUACGAAGAUCGAGCCGGCAGCGGUCAGUUCGUGUGCCUGGAUGGUCGAAAGGUUAUUAAACACGAGUACAUCAACGACGAUUACUGCGACUGUGACGACAGCAGCGACGAACCGGGUACGGCCGCUUGUCCGGGUGGUACGUUCCACUGUACGAACGCUGGCUACAAAUCAAUGAACAUACCCAGCGCUUGGGUCAACGAUGGUGUCUGCGAUUGCUGCGAUGCGUCCGAUGAGUACGAUUCGCCGGCCAAUUGUGUAAACAGCUGCAGCGAGCUCGGCAAGGAAGUUCGCCAGCGGGAAAAGCAACGCAACGAGAUGCUCAAGACGGGCAAUGCGCUCCGGCUUGAGAUGGCAGCGCGUGGCCGGGCGCUGAAGGACGAACAGCGGGCACGGUUGGGCGAGCUGGACAAAAGCCGAGCGGAGGCGGAAGGGUUGCGCGAGGAAAAGGCAUCUCUGAAAAGCGAAGCGGAAGCGCUAGAAAAUGCAGCCCUUAAGGUUUACCGCGAUCGCGAGGAAGAAGCGAAAAAGGUCCGCGAAGAAGCGGAAGCGCACAGCAACCGGGACGAGGCGGAAGAAACGUUCCGGAAGUUUGAUUCGAACCAAAACAGUCUGCUCGAGGUGGUCGAACUGCAAACGCGGAUCGUGUUCGAUCGCAACCGGGACGGAGCGGUGACGGAGGAAGAGGCACGCUUCUUCCUGGACGAACGGGACCAGGUGGACUUUGAAACGUUCGUUACGCUGUGUUGGCCACGCAUCAAACCGUUCCUGAUGAUGGACUCGGGAUUGUUCAAACCACCGAGCACCGAUGGAGCAGCGUCGGAAGGAGAAGAGGUGCCCGCGGAAGACGGUUACGAUUUGGACGGUAGCGAACAUGGGUCUCAGCGGCCAUACGGUGACGCUGAGCACGAAGAGGAAGACGAAUUCAUCCAAGAGGAACCGUUGGAUGAACAUGAAGAAGAAGAGGAAGACGACGUUGGCGAAGGAGAAGUGGAGGAGGCAGGCGAUGGCUCUGACAGAUCCCCAGCGCCACCGCCAGUCCAGUACGAUCUGGAAACGCAGGAAUUGAUUAGCAAAGCGAACGAAGCCCGCAACCAGCACUCCGAAGCGGAGCGUCACGUACGCGAGAUGGACCAGGAAAUCCGGAACAUCAAGGACCUGCUGGAGAAGGACUACGGUAAGGAGGAAGAAUUUGCGCCCCUCAAUGGCGAGUGUUUCAACUUCGAGGACCGCGAAUAUGUCUACAAGGUGUGCCCAUUCGACAAGGCAGUGCAACAACCACGGAACGGUGGCGCUGAAACCAGGUUAGGAACGUGGGAUAAGUGGAAGAACAGUGGAGACUAUAGUGCGAUGCUUUACACCAACGGUGCCGCAUGCUGGAAUGGACCGCAACGGUCCACGGUCGUGUACCUAGAAUGCGGGCUGGACACGAGGGUACUAUCAGUUACUGAACCGAACCGUUGCGAGUACGAGUAUCGGAUGCAAACACCUGCUGCCUGCGUCACCCUGCAGGAGGACCAAUCGAGUGGCACCAAAGAGCGGCACGAUGAGCUGUAGGGUGAGGGAAUGACAGAGUGUGGAACCUUCGGGAGUUUCCACCCGGGGGCAGCAUCUUCUUUGCGCACAUGGCACAAUGGGAGGUGGAAAAUUUUUCAAAGGAAUGGCCAAUGGCAGGAUUUUUGAAGCAAAAGUGACUGAACUGAACGCCAACAACAAUCGUCGAAAAGUGCAACGUUUACUGAUAAUCAUAGAGGCCCUUCGUCGGAAGAAAUAAUUACAUUUCUCGACAAAGCAACCAUGUCACAACACAGCCAUUCCUACCAUCCAACACAUACACACACUCAGGGUGAUGAAAAUAAGGGAAAAUCCAAAUUCGAAUAGAAAGAAACUAGUGCAUCGAUAUUUAUGUUUUGGAGGGCGUCUUAAAGUGAGGUUUUCUGAAGCAAGUAUGCGACAACCUGUUUUUAGUGUUUUUAUCUUGAUUUGUUGUCUGAAAGAACAGAUUGUACAUGUCAGUUUUGGGUCGUGAUUGGCAUAACCACAAGUCGGCAACCAACAUUCCAACGGUAUAGUCAGGGUAUAUUUGCAAAGUUUUACCGCAUUUCUUUGUUUUCCGGUACAAACUGUUUAGUGACCAACAAAAGACUCGAAUCGCAGCAUCGACGGGAAACUUGGGAACUGUAUGAAAACAGAAAGUCAACGAACAACGGAGUGUGUGUGCAGAUCGUACAGCGAGGUAACUAAUAA